GCUGCAAGCUGGCGGGCCUGGGCUUCUGGAGCAGGCAAUGCUGAAUGAUGAAGAUAAUUGUAUGAAGUUGAAAAGUGAUUACGUGCCCUCUGUGCAAUGGUAUAAGCUGGUCACAUAUGAAGAUGAAAAGACCAAGCUGUUUUUUAAAAGACGUGUUACACUGUUUGCAGUCGUGGUGUGCUUCCUUUAUAUCCUCAAGUUAAGUUUUGGCCCUGAAGAAUGUGACAUGAAGAAAAUGCACUAUGUGGAUCCUGAACGUGUAAAGAGAGCACAAAAAUAUGCCAAACUCAUACAGCAAGGAGAAUGUCGACCUUCUUUUGUGAAGAAGGAGAUGGACAGAUUAUUUGCUGAGAAGUACAGCGCGAACAUAUUUCCCUUUGUAACGGAAGAUAUAUUCAGGCAUGAAGAUGUGUUUAAAUACAAACCUCCGUUUGGAUUUCACAAGAACUCUCAUAAACUUCAGAACCUCUUAAAACUCUUACCUGAGCAUGACUUGCCAGAGAACUUGAAAUCAAAACACUGUAAGCGUUGUGUUGUUGUAGGAAGUGGUGGAAUACUUCAUGGAUUGGAGCUAGGCCAUGUGCUGAAUGAGUUUGAUAUUGUUAUAAGAUUAAAUGAUGCACCAGUUCAGGGCUACACAGAUCAUGUUGGUAACAAAACUACCAUAAGGAUGACCUAUCCAGAGGGAGCCCCACUUUCUGAAAAUGAAUAUAACCCUCAGAGCUUGUUUGUUGUUGUCUUAUUUAAAAGUGUCGAUUUCAAUUGGCUUCAAGCAAUGGUAAAAAAUGAAGCAUUGCCACUAUGGGUGCGACUAUUUUUUUGGAAGCAGGUGGCUGAGAAAAUUCCUGUAACACCAAAACAGUUUCGUAUUUUAAAUCCGAUCAUCAUUAAAGAGACUGCCUUGGAUAUACUACAGUACCCUGAGCCUCGAUCUAAAUUUUGGGGCUGGGAUAAGAAUGUUCCCACAAUUGGGGUCACUGCAGUUGUUCUGGCCACACAUUUAUGUGAUGAAGUGAGUUUAGCAGGAUUUGGAUAUGACCUCCGCCAACCGAACACACCUUUGCACUACUAUGACAAUCUCUGCAUGGCUGCAAUGGAAGGACAAACUAUGCAUAAUGUGACAACUGAAACAAAAUUCCUACAAAAACUGAUCAAAGAUGGGAUUGUGAAAGAUCUCAGUGGAGGAAUACAGUGUGAAUUCUGCAAAAAACCAAGCUAAUGACUGGAGCUGAGAGCACAGACUGGAUUAGAGGUUCCUGCAGCCUUGCUAGCAAUGGCCCUUUCAGUGCUCUCAUCCCACAAAGACUUUGAAGAAUCUCUCUUCCUUGUAUUUCUGUUGCUUUUUAAUGUCAAGUUGAAUUUGUUGUAUUUUUUUUAUUUAUUUUGAGUCCAGGUUUUUACCUUGCACACUUUUUGUGGGUAAUUAUCAAUACAGUUUUGAGUUUAGAGAGAUUCAUUUAAAAUGUCAUGUUUUAAGCUAUCUGAAGGAAAACAGAAAAUUUAAGGGUUUUAUAUGUGAAGGGCACUCACAGACCUAGGUGUGUGUUGCCUAAUCUGGGGGGAGAAGAAUUGUUCCCACUGAAGUGGUGUUGCCUUUGUGGGUCCAUUUGUCAGUACAUGAUUCCUCUGUGCAUACAAAGAAAAGCAAAGGGGUGUGUUCGUAAGAGAACUUGCUUUGUUGCUUGUAGGUUCACUAUUCUUUGGUAGAUCAUCCACUUGUAUAACCUUCCACAGAUAUUUAGGCUAUUCCCUUUCUGUGCUGAUACCUCCCUGAGGGGGCAGGGAGCAGGAAAGGGCAAAACGGAUGUGUCAGUGGAGCUGAACAGUAAGUUCAUUAAUGCCACAUCUAAUCAUGCCUGGUAUUUAAAUCAUUGACCGGUGUGAAUGCUUUAGGAUUAGAAUGCUGGCCACUUAAACACUUGACACAUUUGGGCCUGACCAUGUUAUAACCAGAUUUAGCCUACAGUAGAUAUCUAACCUGAGGCCAAACUCUUCUCUUUCCCAUUUCUGGCUCCCAAACACCUGGUCAUAAUGUGGUUGGGUCACAAAAAGGUUUAAGCAUCACUGUUGCAGGAACAGCAUCAACA